GGCUGGCAGUUUAGUCUAGGGCAGCUGAAACCGGUUUGAGAGGAGGUAGUAGCGGGGCUCCGCGCUGCCAGCCGCCACCUAAGGGAGCGCUGGCGAGGCGCGGACGCUCGGCUUAGUCGGCCGCGGCCCAGGCUCUCGGCGCGGCGCGGAGCGGCAGCAGAAAUUCUAAAAUAAAUCCAUCAGAAUGACACCUUGUCAGGUCACCUUUGAAAUCAGAGGAACUCUUUUACCAGGAGAGGUUUUUGCAAUAUGUGGAAGCUGUGAUGCCCUGGGAAACUGGAGUCCUCAAAAUGCUGUGACUCUUCUUCCAGAGAAUGAGACAGGAGAAAGUAUCUUAUGGAAAGCAGUGAUUACUCUCAGUAGAGGAAUAUCAGUUCAGUACCGCUACUUCAGAGGGUGCUUUUUAGAACCAAAGACUAUCGGUGGUCCAUGUCAAGUCAUAGUUCACAAGUGGGAGACUCAUCUACAACCACGAUCAAUAACCCCUUUAGAAAGUGAAAUCAUUAUUGAUGAUGGACAAUUUGGAAUCCACAAUGGUGUUGAAACACUGGAUUCUGGAUGGCUCACAUGUCAGACUGAAAUUAGAUUACGUCUGCAUUAUUCUGAGAAGCCUCCUGUCUCAAUUACCAAGAAAAAAUUCAAAAAAUCUAGAUUUAGGGUAAAGCUUACACUAGAGGGUCUGGAGGAAGAUGAUGAUGAUAAGGUGUCUCCCACUGUUCUUCACAAAAUGUCCAACAGCCUGGAGAUAUCCUUGAUAAGUGACAAUGAGUUCAAGUGCAGGCACUCACAGCCAGAAUGUGGGUAUGGCUUACAGCCUGAUCGCUGGACUGAGUACAGCAUACAGACAAUGGAGCCCUAUAACCUGGAACUAAUUUUUGACUUUUUUGAGGAAGAUCUCAGUGAGCAUGUAGUGCAGGGUGAUGCUCUUCCUGGCCAUGUGGGCACAGCAUGCCUACUGUCAUCUACCAUUGCUGAGAGUGAGAAGAGUGCUGGAGUCCUUACUCUUCCCAUCAUGAGCAGAAUUUCCAGAAAAACUAUAGGCAAAGUCAGAGUUGAUUUUAUCAUCAUCAAGCCAUUACCAGGAUACAGUUGUUCCAUGCAGUCUUCAUUUUCCAAAUAUUGGAAGCCAAGAAUACCACUGGAUGUUGGACAUCGUGGUGCAGGGAACUCAACAACAACUGCCCAGCUGGCUAAAGUACAGGAAAAUACUAUCGCUUCUUUAAGAAAUGCUGCCAGUCAUGGUGCAGCAUUUGUAGAAUUUGAUGUCCACCUUUCAAAGGACUUUGUGCCUGUGGUAUAUCAUGAUCUCACCUGCUGUUUGACUAUGAAAAGGAAAAAAUUUGUGCAUACACAGAAAUUUGAAGCUGAUCCAGUUGAAUUGUUUGAAAUUCCAGUAAAAGAAUUAACAUUUGACCAGCUCCAGUUAUUGAAGCUUUCUCAUGUGACUGCACUGAAAACUAAAGAUCGGAAACAAAGUCUGGUUGAGGAAGAAAAUUUCCUUUCUGAAAACCAGCCAUUUCCUUCUCUUAAGAUGGUUUUAGAAUCAUUGCCAGAAGAUGUAGGAUUUAAUAUAGAAAUAAAAUGGAUUUGCCAACACAGGGAUGGAGUAUGGGAUGGCAACUUAUCAACAUAUUUUGACAUGAAUCAGUUUUUGGAUAUAAUUUUAAAAACUGUUUUAGAAAAUUCUGGGAAGAGGAGAAUAGUAUUUUCUUCGUUUGAUGCAGAUAUUUGUACAAUGGUUCGGCAAAAGCAAAAUAAAUAUCCCAUAUUAUUUCUGACCCAAGGAAAAUCUGAUAUUUACCCUGAACUCAUGGACCUCAGAUCUAGGACAACACCCAUUGCUAUGAGCUUUGCACAGUUUGAAAAUAUUUUGGGGAUUAAUGCCCAUACUGAAGAUCUGCUUAGAAACCCAUCUUAUGUCCAAGAGGCAAAAGCUAAGGGAUUGGUCAUUUUCUGCUGGGGUGAUGAUACCAAUGAUCCUGAAAACAGAAGGAAACUGAAGGAAUUUGGAGUAAAUGGUCUAAUAUAUGAUAGGAUAUACGAUUGGAUGCCUGAACAGCCAAAUAUAUUCCAAGUAGAGCAGCUGGAACGCCUGAAGCAAGAAUUGCCAGAGCUUAAGAACUGUUUGUGUCCCAGUGUUGGCCACUUUGUCUCUUCUUCUUUCUGCGGGGAGCCUGGUAUCCAUGUAGAUGCCAAUGGCAUUGACAAUGUGGAGACCUCUUAGUUUGUAGUGCACAGAGGACGUUUGGGGGCAUGCGUCACUGUUCUGAUGCUCAGUUUCAUCCUUGAACACUGCUUCUCUGCCGUUUAGGUUCUCAGUCCAAUGAAGCAAUAAUGAAGUAUUUUACUAUUUCAUUACAGUUCCUGCAAGAAUAUCAAGUAUACUAUUUGUCACUUGGCCAGGUAUAAUUACCAAUCAGUCUAUACAAUGAGAAAAUCUACUGUUAAAUAUUUUCAGUUGGGUAUCUAAGCCUAUAAUGUUGAAUCUUCAUUAAAAGCAAAUAUUUGGAAAUAAUUAUAUAAAUAUCUGAUAUUUAAAGUUCAGGCUUUUCAUUUGAUUAGGUCUUAAAUCUUCAGGGCUUGAGAAAAAUGACUGCAUAAUUAUACCUGACCAUGAAAAAAUACGUACCUCAAAUGCAUGUAUUUGCACUGGUGACCCCAGCUGUACAGAUCUUUGUCAUCUGUGUACAUGGGUGUCUUACAUGAGUUGAUAUGAACACGCACCGUUUCCAUUCAGUCUAAACCUCAGACUGCUGCCAUUUCCCCACUGACCCAAGCCAGCCUGCAGAUGAACCAUGAAACUUGUUUUAUAAACCUUCCAAAACUGUUUUGCUUAAAUGUUAAAAUUCCAGAAUGCUGCAGGGUAACUUAAUGUAUAAAAUGUUAGUAAGAAGUAUAUAUUGCAUACAUAGUAGUAUAGAUCAGAAUAUAUAAAUUUGACUCAAUGCAUGCUUUAUGUUUUAAGCAUGAGACUUACAUGUUUACUGUUAAGUCCUUGCAUCUGGUGCUAGGUGAGUGAGAAGAUGUCAAGGACUGAAAAUAUUUUGUCGCUUAAAAAACAAAGUCUGUUUGUGGACACUUUGAAUAUUAUUUAGUGUCUCACUACCUAGUACACAUAACUGCUGUGUGAGUAGUACACAGUAGUUAAAUCCCCAUGCAGAAAAAUAAAUGUCCUGAAUUCUCAAAUUGGUAUUCUUUAUUGUUUAAUAUAUAUCAUGUAUGUAAUUUAUUUAGGAAUGUCGAAGAUCUUACUGUGUAUAAACGCAUGUUUUCAGGCUUAUACUAAGAUUUCUUCAUUAGAAGCAGAUUGUAUUGAUAAAACUGUAACUUCAGAAUGAAUGUUAAAUAAAAUGACAGAUUUAUUAUUUUUUUCUUUAUCUUAAGAAGGUGUUACUUUUGAAGAAUGGUUUUAUAAUGGUAUUCUGACAAAUAGCAAUUUCAUUCUGAUCGUAAGGCUGGCUCACUAACCUUUCUCAGUGUGUCCCUACUGAGGCAGUUUGUUCAUGCUUAGACAUAUUUUGACAGGAGCCAAGAACCUAAGACUUGAAAUGACAAGUUGUUCCUUGUUUGUUUGUUUGUUUGUUGAGACAACCUGUGUAGCCUUGGUUCCCGGAACUCACUGUAUAGACCAGGCUGGCUUUGAACUCUCAGAUCCUCCUGCCUCUGCCUCCUGUGAUAUUAAAGUCCUGCGCCACCGCCUUCAGCUUCCUGGUUUUUUUUUUUUUCUUUUAAACACUGCCUGGCCCAUUAGUUCCAGCCUCUUAUUGGCUAACUCUUACAUAUUGAUCUAACCCAUUUCUAAUAUUCUGUGUAGCACCACGAGCUGGCUUACCUGGAAAGAUCUUAACCUGCGUCUGUCUGGAGUGGGAGAAUCAUGGCGACUCACUGACUCAGCUUCUUUUUCCCAGCAUUCUGUUCUGUUUACUCCACCCACCUAAGGGUUGGCCUAUCAAAUGGGCCUAGGCAGUUUCUUUAUUAACCAAUGAAAGCAACAGAUUAAUAUAAGAUCCACCUCCAUCAUUUCCCCUUUUUCUGUUUAAACAAAAAAAGCUUUCACUUUAACAUAGUAAGAUUACAUAUAACAAAACAGUUAUCAAGCAAGAAUUACAGUUGCAAUAUUUAUAUCUAUUUUAUCCUUUAUCAUAACUAAGGAAAACUAUAGCUAUAACUAACCAUUCUUCAACUCCAUCAAAGACUCCAGAAGGAUAUAAUAUUACCUAAGCAAACAAGAGAUCCAAAACUCUAGAAAUGACAGAGACAUCUCACUGCCUGGACAGUCACCCAAAGUUCUUUUGUACCGUUGGGGCAUCCAUCUUCAGCCUUCAGGCCCAUAGUAUCCAGCAGACAUUUUCAUGAAGCAGGAAAUUCCAAAGACAGUUCAGUCACUUUCUGCUGUGUCCUGCAGAAUGUCUCUCAGACUCUUUCAUGAGUCAGGAACCCCGAAAGACCAUCUCACCUUUAGGCAAGUUCAACAGUCCUCUCUCUGAGGGUUCUCUGUGUCCAGUUUAUGUAUCAGUCCAGGCAAGAGGAGUUUCUUGCCCAAAGCUAACCAACUCCAUAAGGAGCGUCUUUGAUGCCCAUCUUCCUCUUGAAGUAGCUUGGUGCUGCCAUGAGCAGACGUGUUUCACAGGAAAGAUCUUAACCUGUGUCUGUCUGGAGUGGGAGAAUCAUGGCGAUUCCUUUUUUUUUUUUUAUUGAAAAAAAAUUUUUCCGCUUCCUCCCGCCUCCCAUUUCCCUCCCCCUCCUC